AUGCGGGACGAGGGCACCCGCGUGAUCUUCGCCGGUAGGGAAACACUCGGCUGGGUCAAUCAUUGGCAUGGCAUUCUUCUAUGCAACGUGCUCGACCACUAUCCGGUCAUGCCUUUCAUCCAAUGGCCCGUUCCGAUCUCUUGCGAUCUCAUGUCGCGGUUCGGAAUGGGAGUUGACAAUAUCUACGCACGGCCGUUCCGCGAUGUCGUUAUAAGUAAUGGCGUGAUCAGGUUCAUCGAAUUGAAAUCUUGUCGAUGUAGCCAUACCCACAAUGAGAAAGGGGUCAUUGGCCAAGGUUGGACGGUCACCACAUGGAACAGGGGGAUUUGCUCAAAGAAGUGGCACAAGAGCUUCACUCUCAAGGCCGACAACGUGCCUCUCACAGGUUUAAGUUACCCUAAGGUAUCGGGUGACAAGAGGUUGAGUUGGGACAAUGUGGUUCACGGUGGGCCCACUCUGAGCUUGUGUGACGACGAUAUUGUCUACAUCAUGGCUAGACUAGACAUCCGUCACCGGGUUGCAUGGAUGCUUGCCAUUAAUAUCAGAGAGGGAACACUAGAAGCGGUCGAGCAGUGUUCUGCUGAAAAGAUGAUGGGUCUUGAACCAACUUAUGUUCAGUGUGCCUUGUCCGACUACCUCAAGUAG